CUUUCUCUCUCUUUCUUAAGUUUGAACGUGUACAGAUUCCGUGUCUUUGUCUCUCUCUUUCGAGCAUUGGACUCGCAAAUUGAACUCGACUCGGUCGUCAUCAGUCGUCAUCGUGUCCGGAUGGUUCGGGUGCCGCGGGAUUAAUCGCUGCUUACACCUUCGCACGACAGGGGCGUUGCGAGCGUUCGUUUUUAUCCGCCUUUUACAUUUCCCACGCCGCGCCCACCCAAACUGAAACCCAAGGCGAAGGGCGAAGGUGCGGGCUGCGGGCUGCGGGCUGCGGGGCGCGGAUAAGGGAUAGCUGUGGCUGGUGGAAGGUGGAAGGUGGAAGACCGAAGGCGAAGACUGAAGAGCGCGGCGGCGUCAGUGACGCGGCGUCGUUGCGCGUCGCUCUCUCGACGAGAGUUUAUCGCGCGGGUAGCGUACAAGGAGCGUUUCGCCGAGCCACACUACUCCCGACAGUUCCGACUCCGGGACGCAAAGUAGUUGUCAAAAUGGCGGCGUGCGAGGGUUCCGCGAGCGUGAAUCCUAAUUGCGAGGUGGUGCGCGGGCAAACGUUCGAGGUCGGGCCGCGCUACACGAAUCUGUCAUAUAUGGGCGAAGGCGCUUACGGCAUGGUCGUGUCCGCCUACGACAACCUCACCAAAACGAAAGUAGCCAUAAAAAAAAUCUCACCUUUCGAACAUCAAACGUAUAGUCAGAGAACCUUAAGAGAAAUAAAAAUUCUCACAAGGUUUAAGCACGAGAACAUAAUAGAUAUAAGGGAUAUAUUAAGAGCGCCGACUAUGGAGCAAAUGAAAGACGUAUAUAUCGUUCAAUGUCUGAUGGAAACUGAUCUCUAUAAAUUACUAAAGACACAAGCUAUUAGUAACGAUCACAUAUGUUAUUUUCUGUACCAAAUAUUGCGGGGGUUGAAGUAUAUACACUCGGCGAAUGUGUUACAUAGAGAUCUGAAGCCGAGUAAUCUGCUGUUGAAUACCACCUGUGACCUUAAAAUCUGCGAUUUCGGUCUAGCGAGAGUCGCGGAUCCAGAGCACAAUCAUGCGGGUUUCCUCACGGAAUACGUAGCGACGAGGUGGUACAGAGCUCCGGAAAUUAUGCUUAACUCCAAGGGUUAUACCAAAUCCAUAGACAUUUGGUCGGUAGGCUGCAUCCUGGCAGAGAUGCUCUCGAGACGAGCGAUAUUCCCCGGCAAACACUAUUUAGAUCAGUUGAAUCAUAUUCUCGGUGUUCUCGGAUCGCCCUCGCCGGAGGAUCUCGAGUGCAUCAUAAAUGAGAAAGCACGGAAUUAUCUCCAAUCGUUGCCAUAUAAGCCAAAGGUACCGUGGACGAGUCUUUUCCCCAAUGCCGAUCCAAGAGCCUUGGACCUCCUAGACAAAAUGUUGACGUUCAAUCCUAAUAAGCGUAUUGUGGUGGAAGAUGCGUUGGCGCAUCCCUACUUGGAGCAAUAUUAUGACCCUGGCGAUGAGCCUGUGGCAGAGGAGCCGUUUAAGUUUGACAUGGAGUUGGAUGAUCUUCCAAAAGAAGUAUUAAAACAAUAUAUUUUUGAGGAGACUCUAUUGUUCCAAAAAAAUCAUCAAGAGAACGCUAUGUAGUCGACUGGCAUGCUGUUGCCAGAAUUGCAAUAGUGGAUACGCGUGAUGAACUGAAAAAAGAAUAGAAUGGAACGGAAAACGAACAAUAUCAGGAUUGGUAUGAAGAGUGCUUUUAAAAAUCAUCGCCACUUCAUCGCCGCUCGAAUUGCCGAUGAUACAAAAAUACUAGGAUAUUGAUGAAAGAUUUAGUUCAGCGAUCAACGAACGAUUAAUCAAGCCGAUUAAUCGGGUGAGUGAAACAGUCGCAAUGCCGCGCAUACGCUUGUACAUUCGCAUGUCCUUACUCGGAGAAAGCAAAUAUAGUGUUUCUUAUGUUAUACCGAACAUAGCAUAAUAUCAAUUGGUACAACAUGUAUUUUUAAUUUAUCAUCGUCGUACCGUAUCGUACCAUACCGUCUGUCUGUGAUUUAAUUGCGAGCGUGACGAGGCGUGACACGCGAAACACUUUAUCUUCAUUUCAUCGUUUCUUUUCGAAUUAUUUCUUUUACCUUCUGAAAGUGAAAUGGCUGAAAUUACAACGCAUAAUUAUGUGGCGUAACUAAGGCAAUAUAUUCGGCUUAUCGUGCCUCGAUAUUUUCCGAUAUCGGAAAUAUCAUAGAUAUCGAGAAUAUCGACACUAAACUCAUUCACUCUACGUCUACGAGAUUCGAACACUUGUAGCGCACUCGUAUAAUUCAUUUCGUAUGAUGUUUUUCGUCUUAUGUGUGUACGUAUGACUGUGUUUGCGUGCGUAUGUACGUACGUGUGUGGCAGAAUUUCUUUUGGUAUUUAAUCUGUUUAUAAUAGUCAACGUUAUAGCGAAUACGCGACGUGCAAUAAUCGGCGCGUUCACGAAAAUAUUAGUAUAUAAUUUAUGAUAAAAAGAGAAUCGUGAUCUUCUUUCUGAGCGUGUGAUAGUAACGACGGUGCCCGAAUCAUGAAAACUAAAGUGAAAAUUUGAAUAACAUGUAGAAGAAAGUCCCAAGUUAGUAUUUCGGAAAUUUUACAAAAUGUUAUUACAUCGUUUGAACUUCUCAUCUGCUCGUAGAGCCUCCCAAAAUUAAUAAAUUAAUCGCAAUCCAAAAUCUAUUUACGAUAAAAUUAAUUUGAAUUGCUAUAGAAGUCGAAUUCGCUGACAGAUAUCAAUAGCUCCAUUCGGCCUUACUGUGAAUAUAGAGAAUUUUUUUAAUCCUAUUCUCAAGAAAACUAUAGGUUGUGAGAGACGAGGUGAAAAUUAAGAAAAAAAGAAGUGAAGGGCAAAAAAUACUAAAACAGGGACAAAGUAUUUACUUCCUCUAUUAACUGUUACCGAUCUUCACUUUCUUCGAUAAUCUAAUAAUAAUAAUUAAAAAAUAAAUUAAUAAUAAAAAUUCGUUGUUCAUAAGAUUCUUAUCUAGGUCUAAGAUGCAUUUCUAGUGAUUACGGAUUCUCGUUGAGGCUGAUUCAUGCUGAUGCUCCUUCCUAAGAAUACGAGGGACAUAACAGUGAAUAAUGUUCUAUCAUUACCAUAAUGUCAUGAUUUCAAUCUCCGCAUCUUCGAUUUAAUACAUAUUUAUCUUCCUUCAAUGUUUAUCCGUUGUUCGUUUGGCAAAUUGUCGUGAGCAAAAGAGUUAAAGAAUCUCUCGCGGUUUACAGUUUUCUUGCGCGGUACAAAAGUCUCGAUUACAAAACGCGAAUAAAUUACACUUAGAUGGCAAGUAGUUCGAUUAUCUCACGACGUACACACAGGCAUAAUCUCUUCCAAAAUAAAAUUACCAAGUAAAUCCUUUAUAACGACAGAUUCUAAAUUAGUGGUCAUUUCACGUUAGUUGAUGCUAUUGGAUAAUGAAUUCGGAUGAUUUUAGUUGUACGUGUAACUCAAAGUAAAGUAAAUGUAUAUCAAUCUUCCAAUGAUCCACGGAUGGAUCUUAGUCGUUAUUUGAGUAUUUCACAUGCGGAUACAAAGAACUACUUUCGAUAGAUACAUACAUAUGUGCUUCUAUUUCUUACAAGUUUCUCUUCCCGUGAUAGAGUUGAAUUAAAAAUUUAAAUUAAAUUGAUAUAAUAAAUCUUGCAUUUGAAAUUUCUGAAAACCGUAUACUAAUAAUGUAUAGUGAGUGUGAUCUCUUUAUGAAGAAUUUAAUUCGUCUUGACAGAAAACCAGUUCAUACCAGUUCACGGUAAUAUGUUAGAAUUUAAUACACAAUAUUCAGCUAUUUUCUCCCUGUAAAACGCUGACUCCGCAGACGAAGUCUUUUAUGACCUUAUGUCACUACUGCAGAGUUAAAUAAGACACCUGUUACAUCAACGGAUGCGAUCCGUAUAUCGAGUCCUUUUGAAGAAUGCUCUCUCACGUCCGAGGCCUUUUAAACAGUUCGUAUAAUAUCGUAGAUCAUGGGCAAGCGAUGAUAAAAUCGUGCGCUCAGCGAAAUUGUAAGCCGACGAGAAAUCGAAGCUCUCGCUGUCAAUGAUAAUUGGAUACGUAGUACAUACACAUAGAUUCCUAAAUAACACAACAGCGCUUGCAAAGCGCUAAAAAAGCGCUUAUGUAAACUUUAGCGCUUUCUUAAUGCUUUGUAAGCGCUGUGUUACUUGGGUUGUGAUAUAAGGUGAAAAACAAGUGUUUUGGGGAAAAUGCUGAGAUGAUGAACGUAGAACGUUACGCGUAAUAUAUCGAUGAGACAUCGUCGAUAUCAUCUGGCCUAAUAUACUUAAAGUUAUGUAUGUGUACUUGUUGUUGUUGCCGAUUCUUGUAUAUCCGGUGCAUUCACGGAAUAUUUUCGUCUGUCGAUUUUCGAUGUUAUUUCGACGGUUAUAUCAUUGAAUUUGUAAAGAAGAGUAGAAAGAGAGGCAGCGGAGCGAGAUGGAGGAGUAAUAUGCCGUUUCCUCAACUAAUUGUAGAAUGACAGUUGUUAAUUUUUGAGUUAACGAAUGGUUGACUAAAUUAUUUAGCGUUUUUACGUAGAAUAGAAGUGAAGGAGGGGAGGAAAAAGAAGCCUUUGAAGAGAAAGGGCCGUACGACCGCCUCUUCAACAACGGGCAAGAUCGGAUUUUUCACAUUGUGCGCAGCAAACGUAUGCAGAUAUGUGCGGCAAGAAUUCCAUCGCGGGAAGAUGUAUUUAUACCAUCGCAAUCAACUUGAAACAAUUUGGGACGCAAAAGCCUAUAAAGCUGCGGUUCAACUGAGUGGCCCUUUUAGCUUUUCGAUUAAAUAAAAAGCCCAGCAUUU